AUGAGUCCAGACAUCUCAGAAUACUCUCACGACCAUGUGAUCCUUCUGCUUGAUACGGCCGACUUUGAGAACCCCCCAGCCUGGUUGAGUGACAACUUCAAUCUCAUCGAGGGAGGGGUUCAUGCAGGCGGCUCCUCACGCAACAAACUCAUCAUCUUCGCCGACGGAACAUACAUCGAACUCCUGAACUGGAUCGCAGAACCCAAAGAAUUCUUCGACUGGGCAGGGAAACCACCGGGCCUGAUCGACUUUGCACUCACGACUCCACAGUCCGCACAAGAGACGCACGCCGCAGUCACGAAGCGGUUGCAAUCGAAAUCAUCUUCUUCUUCGGCUCCCACCGACCCCGGUGACGGCGGAUUAGGCGUGCACUUCAAGCAGCCCUUGUUUGGCGGCCGCAGACGCAAAGACGGGAAACAGGUCGAAUGGUACGUGACGAAGCCGAUGUUCGACACCGACGCGCCGAACGUUCCGAAACCGAUCGACCAGUUCUUCCCGACUGGCAGGUUGGAUGUGCCGUUCUUCUGCCACGACGUCACGGACCGGCUGCUGCGCGUGCCGUACAAGGCGCCGUCUGAUAUGUCGGUGUCGGCCCAUCCUUGCGGCGCCCGCGGGAUUUCGUCCGUGGAAGUUCUUGUCCCCGAAGCAAAGUUUGACAGUUAUGUGGCGUUGUAUACGGCUAUCACUGGCGCCAGGCCUGUUGUGCAGGAACAGAAUGAGGAUGGGACUGAAUUGACAGGCAAGAGCGCCGUGUUUAAGUUGAGUUUGCCGAAUGGCGGAGAAGAAUCUGUCAGAGACCUUAAGGGGAAGGUCGGCAUUGAGCUGCGGACGCCCAGGGACAGUGAGGACGAGGCUUGGUUGACUCGUCGCGGAGUCGGGAUUAGAGCAGUCCGCCUCUUUGUGGAGGAUGAAGUUCAUGAUGCAGGGGAACGGCCUCUGGACAGUGAUGGGAUUGGGGCGAGUCUACUGCUCGUGGCGAACGUCUAG